AUGUUCCAGGCAAAUUGGACAUCAGUAACAGGUUUUAUCUUCCUGGGGUUUUCCCUCUACCCUAAAGUUGAGAUCCUUAUAUUUGUGCUGUGCCUGCUGAUGUACUCAAUCACCUUUCUGGGUAAUAUAAUUCUGAUCUCCAUCAGCAUUCUGGAUUCCCACCUGCACACCCCCAUGUACUUCUUCCUCAGCAACCUCUCCUUUGUGGACAUCUGCUUCACCUCUUCUGCCCUCACUCCAAUGAUGAUAAACUUUAUUUCAGGUACAAGCAUCAUCUCAUUUUUGGGAUGUGCUGCUCAGAUGUACUUAUCUCUUGCUCUGGGCUCCACUGAGUGUGUGCUCCUAUCCAUGAUGGCCUAUGACCGGUAUGUGGCCAUCUGCCAACCCCUGAGAUACUCCAUCAUCAUGAACAGGAGGGUCUGUGUGCAGAUGGCCAUUGGCUCCUGGGUGACAGGCUGCCUCACUGCCCUUGUGCUAUCAGCAUCUGUGCUACAGCUUUCUUUCUGUGAUAACAAUAACAUCAAUCAUUUCACUUGUGAAAUUCUGGCUGUCUUGAAACUUGUUUGUGGAGACACCUCCAUGGCGCAGUUAAUCAUGCUGGUGCUCAGUGUACUUCUCCUUCCCAUGCCAAUGCUCCUCAUCUGUGUCUCCUAUGCCUUCAUCCUCUCCAACAUCCUGAGAAUCAGCUCAGCAGAUGGAAGAAGCAAAGCCUUUUCAAUGUGUGCAGCCCACCUGACUGUCAUUGUUUUGUUCUUUGGCACAGCUCUCUCCAUGUACCUGAAGCCCUCAGCUGUAGACUCACAGGAAAUAGAUAAAUUUAUGGCUUUGGUAUAUGCUGGAUUAACCCCCAUGUUGAAUCCUAUCAUCUAUAGUCUACGGAACAAAGAGGUGAAAGUGGCUCUGAAAAAAUUGCCGACUAGAAAUCCUUUUGGUGCUAUUUUAAUUUCCAAAUUCAAUUAA